UGUUUGUUUUCCUUUUUGCGGAAGUGCGGUAAUGAAAGUUGGAUUACUCUUCAAUUUGGAAAACUGAACAAUCUCCCGGAUGUCGAGACAUGUUACUUCGUGGACCAAUGAAAUUCGGACAACACAGGCAGCUACACAUGAUUGGUGAGCCGGCAAGACGUCUCAUAACACUUCAUUUGCAAAGAAGAGAGAACAUCAAGUUGACGAGUUUAGAAUUUAUCACCCAGAAUGAAGUAUCAAAUUCUUAUAGUUUUUUCAGUUCUGUUGUCGGCAGUAUUUGCCUCUGAUGAUGUUGUGGUUUUGACAGAUGCUAAUUUUGCCUCCGAAAUUGCAAAGUAUGACGUGGUAUUAGUGAAAUUCUAUGCACCAUGGUAAGAAAAUAAUAGGAAUAAUUAGCCUAUUUGCUUAUUAAUUAUGUUAUUAUUUGUUGAGAUUGAUUGAGAUAUUCAUUUUAUAGGCCUAUGGUUUUUAUAGAAAUUUUAUCAACCAAGUGGUUCAGGAAGAUAAUGCAGUCAUUGGAAUAAAUGAUCAUAAUACAGAUUUGAGAAGGAAAGAUUAAUUUGUAUUGUUGCUAGCAGAUGAAAAAGUGGUUCAUACAAAAAUUAAGAGAUGUUAAUGUUACAAGUAAACUAAAGUUGUAAAUAGUAAAGCUCAUAUUAAAGGGCAGAGAAAAAAUUAUGAAAAAGUAGUUCAGAUUAUGAGAACAUCAUGGAUUUGAUUGGGUUACCUUGUCUUUUAAAAUUUUUCAUCAUAAUUUUCAACAAACCUUAAAAACCAAGUUUUUAUAUUUUUAAAAUUAAAAGGAUGCAUCACUAUCACCAUCUUCUGCCACCUUGUUCCCAUUCAACAUAAAUAUUUAUUUUGAAAAAGAUAAAAUCUAAGAACCACCAUCUUCAUUGCUGUUAAUUCUUGUUUUUAUAAUGAUUAGCAGUUGUUGUAUCAUAUUAUAUUUCAUUCACAGGUGUGGUCAUUGCAAACGUUUGGCUCCGGAAUAUGAAAAAGCAGCCACUAUUCUUAAAAAAUCAGAUCCACCAGUCACCCUUGUCAAGGUUUGUUACCUUUCUAGCUAUCCUUUUAUCACUAUGCAAACUACACAAAGCAAUUUUAAUAUGAGUUUUGAUAUGAGCGUUCACAAAUUACUGAUGUAUAGUGCAGUUUUUAUACAUUUCAUCUUAAUAUUAUGCAUAGAUCUGUAUAUUUGAAAUUGUCACUUGUAGUCUAAAGUUUCAAAUUUUUAAUAAACUGGCAGUAAAGUUGUGGGCACUGUAUCACUUUUUUUUCAUUAUUCUUACUGUCAACAACAGUUUUUCAUAAGCAUAAUAACUUUUUAUGCAGUUCUAAACAGAGCUUUGAUCUUCCACAUCAUUUAAUUUCACAUUCAAGUUAUUCAAGUUAACAGUUAGUGCCUCAAUUGAAAUUAUAGAACAAUAAAAAAGAGCAUAUCUUUAUUUAUAGGUUGAUUGUACCGUAGAGACAAGUGUUUGUUCUAAAUAUGGUGUUAGUGGUUAUCCAACACUAAAGAUCUUCAAAGGAGGAGAGGUAUCUAAAGAUUAUGAGGGACCUAGGGAAUCUGGUAAGUUACUUUCUAAUGAGUUACUUUAUUCUUUAUUAAACACUCUUUAAACUGGUUAUUUAUUAUUGUUUUGUUAUGGAACAAAAUGCCCAUGAUCACAUUUCAAAAUUUUCCUAACAAUCAUAUGCUUGUAAAUUUUUUUAUUUAUAUUUAAAAGUAGCUAUAAUUAGUAUCUAAGGAUAUGUGGAAUGUUUCAGAUGGUAUUGUGAAAACAAUGAACAGAGAGGCUGGACCUGUUUCCAAAAAGUUAGAGACUGUUGAAGAGGCCCGAAACUUCCUAGACAAGGACUCAGUUGGUGUAAUUGGUAAUUAUUAUUUUGGUGGUUUGAUAAAAAAAAAAAUAGGUGACAAUUUUUGUGUGCCAAUUUGCACAUGUCAAUUUUAAAUAUUUUCUAUAUACUAUUAAAAAAACAAUUAAGCUUCUUUAGGUGUCAACCACCUAUUUCUUUAAGAGCCAGAAGCUGAGCCCAAAUCUUUUACAGCAAACUUAUUAACUUGUUAACUUCCCAGGUUUCUUUGAUGCAGAAGAUAGUAAUGAUGCCAAGACUUUCUUAAAGGUUGCAGAUCAACUACCAGACAUUAGAUUUGCACACACUGUUAGUGAUAAAGUCAAAGAAGAGUUAAAACAAUCAAAGUAAGUCAGACAUUUACUGCUUAACACUCUUUUGAUUUAUAAGCCCAACCUUAGUCAGACAAGAGUAAACUUUUAGCUUGACAUUUUUUUAGAAUAAUGAUCAAAUAUAAAUAUCUAUAUCCAUGUUUAUUUUUGUUAUUCCAAUCAAAACCAAAAGUUUAUAUCCCUUUUAUUCUUUUUGAUUUAAACAAAAAAAAAUAUUGCUGAGUCUCGUCCACACAAUUCCAGUUUAAUAGAAUGGAAGUGAUAUUUGAAAGAGAUCCUUAAGCCAAAUGCAGCAGAAUUAUUCUGUAUUGUUAAACACCAAACUAUGAUGGUAAAGUUUUAUAAAAAUUUGAUUGAUGCAGUUGUAUUUAACAUGGAAGAAAUACUAUUUAUCAUCUGAAAUACAUUUUACAUUUUGUUUUCUCAGCGGAGUUGUGUUAUUUAGACCUAAGGUUCUUCAAAGCCGAUUUGAGGAUGCAGAGGUCCGAUUUACUGAGUCUGGCACAGUUAAAUUAAAGGCUUUCUUACAGUCGGAAGCGUAAGUUUUUAUCAUUUGCAUUAGUAUUUCCAAGUCUCAUGGUUAAUAUAAUUUAAAGACCUAGUUUUACAGUGCCUAUUCUAAUCUACUAUUUAAUGUAUGUAUCAUGUUUGAGACAUUUUGAAGUUUAUGUCAAAAUGUUUAUUUUAUUGCAGCUUGGGUCUUUGUGCUGAGCGUACCAUGAGUAAUGCUGCAAAUUUUGGAAAGCCAUUGUUUGUAGCUUACUUCAACGUAGACUAUACUAAAAAUCCAAAGGGAACUAACUAUUGGAGAAACAGGUUUGUGAUAAGGAAGAAUAAUUAGUUGUAUUAUGCAUCAUUUAAAGUUAUUUUUCAGCCCUCUUGAUGCAGGUUAAUUGUUGUGGGAGUAGAAUACAAAGUGAAAAAGUAUGGUGUCUUUCAUUAAAAUGCUAAACUGUUUCAAAGAAGUUUAAAAAAAAUAUUCUUGUGAAAUUUUUUGCAUUUUACAAAAAAAGAUUUUUGGACUUUUCCAUAGGAUUAUGAAAGUUGGAAAGCAGCUACGGGAAGAAGGAAAGACUUUAUACUUUGCCAUCAGCAAUGUGGAUGAAAUGAACAGAGAACUUGAGGAAUGUGGCAUUACUGAAAAUGGUGGAGAUAAACCCGUUGUUUGUGCAUGGGAUAGCCAAAACAAGAAAUAUAAGAUGACUGAAACCUUCAGGUAGUUUUUCAUUAAUUGCAGAGUUAGCUGCUGCUUCUUUAAAAAAAAAUUAUUUUCAUUUGAAACACACUUCAUUAUUACUUCAUAUCACUGCAUUACACUUUGUUUGUUAAUUAAUAACACUUGAAAAUGAAGUGUUGACUCGUAAAAAUCUGGGAAUGGUGAAUGUAGUGAUAUUAAUUAAGUAUUCUUUUAAAAUUAUGACAGAUAAAAAAAAUGAGCCUAUUUUAAAAUCAUGGAUUGAUGUAACAAAAAGUUUAAAAUCCUAUUUCAGUGUUGAGUCUUUUGAACAGUUUAUCAGUGACUUUUUGGCAGGCAAAAUAGAACCCUUCAUUAAAUCUGAACCAGUGCCAGAGUCUAAUGAUGAACCAGUAAAGGUAAAUUUGUCCAUAGCUUUAUCAUUAAGUGGUGUUCAUAAUUGUAACAAAGGUAUUUGGUAUAAUGGCACCAUUGUUUUAGUCCCCUUCUGAUUAACUUGUAUGCUCACAUGCUGAAACAGCAACUUGGCACCCCGCCCCCCCCCUCCUUUUUUUCUUUUUCUUCCCCUUUAUUCUAUCCUUCAAUAUGGUUUUGUGCUAUAAUAUGAUUAUAAUGAAAUUAAAUUUAAAAAUUUUAAACUUGCAUGCUUCAAAAAAAAACAAAAAACCAAUGCUAAAAAAAAGUCAUUCAUGAAUUUUAGCCAUUGGUCAUCAUUGGUAAGUUUGAGGUCUCAUGUCUACCUGAUUAAAACUAAUAAUUGUGAGAGGCAGCUAGGAGACACCUCUUGUCUACCUAAUGUUUUCAUAUUUUUGUGUUUCUUUGUCUUCUUGUUUCACCUCAGUUCACUUCUGUCUUUUUCUAUCUUAAUUUUGCAGGUGGUUGUAGGUAAAAACUUUGAUGAGAUAGUGAAUAAUCCAGAUAAGGAUGUUUUGAUUGAAUUCUAUGCCCCAUGGUGUGGACACUGCAAGAGUUUAGCACCCAAAUAUGAUGAACUAGCUGAAAAGGUAUGCUAUGAUUUUUUAUUAUAUUUUUUAUUUUGCACAUUGUUAAAAUUAAAAAGUAUUCAAUUAAACAAAUGGCUUAUUUGUAACAAUUUGUCAUCUAUUGUUUAGCUGAAAGAUGAAAAUGAUAUCGUUAUUGCCAAGAUGGACGCAACAGCAAAUGAUGUUCCAAAACCAUAUGAUGUUAAAGGGUAUGUUUAAAAAUUCUGUCCGGAAAUUUUCUUCCUCAUAAUUUUUUACAAUUCUGUCUUUUGACCCUUAAUUUUCUCAUCAUUCCAUAUAAAAUGUUUCUUUUAGUGUUAAAAUAUAUAAAAUAUGCACAAAUUGGUAUUUUCAUAUUACAAUAGCCCAAAGACAAUUUUAUAAAAUAAUUCUUUGAUUUUUUAAACAUUUUAAACCCCAUUUUUUGCAGAUUCCCAACCCUUUACUUUGCACCCAAAGGCAGCAAGAAUUCCCCAAAGAAAUAUGAGGUAUUUGUUGUGUGGCGUUUUGUGAAUUUUAUUUUUGUUAAUCAAUUAACAACACAAAAAUAUAUUAUAUUGAUUACUUUUGACUGAGUCUUGGAUAAUGAAAGGUAACUAACUUUUUAAGACAGUAGAGAAGUUGAUUCCUUUAAAAGUGACAUCAAUUUAAUAUCAUAUGUUGUAUUUUUCAGGGUGGUAGAGAAGUUGAUGAAUUCAUCAAGUAUUUAGCUAAAGAAUCCACUGAUGGCCUUCAGGGUUAUAGCAGAGAUGGCAAAAAGAAGAAGAGCAAGAAGGCAGACAAAACCGAUUUGUAAUGUGUUGAUUUAAAGUUGCUCUAUCAUCUGUCAUAUUCCACAUGUAUGUGUAUGCAAGUAGUUUGUUAAAUGCAAGAUAAAGAUAAGAGUGGUUUAUUUUUGUUAAGCUUGGUUACAUGUCGGUGAGCGAAUGUACAAAUAAUUCCACCAUUAUGUUUUUUAGGAACAUUGUCAUUAGGUUCUUUGUAAUGGCGAUAUUUUCUUCCAUGUUGUUACAUAACAGGAGUACUAAAAUUGAUCCAAUCGGACUGUUAAAUGUCUGGCUACGUGAAUACUAAAGUGAUCUUCCAGCAACAGAUUAAUCUUAAUGUCUUCUGUGAGAGAUAUUGUUCUGUUGCUAAACGUUUGUUUAAAGUCUUUUUUCUUUGAAAUGUUGGAGACCUUAAAUUUUGUUUUGAUUUAAGAUAACUUUGUUUGUUGUCAUCCCAAAUGGGUCAGUUAAUAUACAGUGGUGUUCUAUGUGGUGGACAUGGGCAUGUUUGCACAAGAGCAGUUCAAGAAUGAUUAAAAGUUUUUAUAAAAAAAAGAGUUUCGGUUUUGUUCAAAGUUAAGGUUUUGCAUGGCUGUGUUUUUGUUGUUGAUCAUUGGACCAAUAGAAGUCUUUAGAAGUGCCUGUUUUUAUUUUGAAAAUGCCAUUUUCAUAUCGGGUCAUCAAGUCUAUUCAACACAUCCUGUUAGUUAAGAAGUAAUCUCAUUUUGAAAUUUAUCAUUAUAGAGUAGUUUAGUCAUCUAUAAUUUUAUAUACUUUAUUAAAAUAUCUACACAUAUUAAAAAUAAGCUCUUGCAGUGUCUUUAACUUGUAAUACAACAGUAAUUGUGCCUCACAUUAAAAGUUGUUUGUGGCAAUGUAAAUAUCUGGCUCCCCACCUAUCAAAAGGUCAGAUUGGGAUUACCAGUAAAUGAUCUAAUUAUCAACCUAACCCUUAG